AUGCAGCGGGGGCUGCUGGCGGGCUGGUCUCUCAAUACGGUCGAGGGACGAACUACCACCAACAUCGACACCACCACAGACACGACCUCUCUUGACCCCGCCACGACUACAAGUGAUGACUAUUGGACGACUACAGAGGACGAUGACUCAGUGGUGACCCUUCCUGACGGUGACAACAACAGCAUCUUGGGCCUGUCCAUGUUUGAGUUCAUCGUCGUCCUUCUCUCCUCCUUCCUCCUCCUCCUCGUCCUCUUCACUUGCUUCCUCAUGCUGAUUUUCAAGAGGAAGAGGAGGAUCUACGUCAGAGUUGUCCCUUACACACCACGCGCAGCUCCUAUGAAAUUCCCUCGCACACCUUUGCCUCAAGUAAUACCCACGUCGGAGCUCAUCCCGAGGCCAAUACUACGGCAUACCUCACUUAGCAACGACAGGAAGCCUCGGUCCGUCAGCUGGGAGUACGGUGGAGAGCCCGGCGGAGGGAGGUGGGACGCAGGCAACCACAACCCAACACCCCAACGGCACUACAUCACCCUCGACGCCCAGCCAGUCCGCCACGACCCUGGGGAUGUCUAUAGCAUCUCCCAAGGCUUCGACUCCUGGGGGAAUGACAUGCAGAGACCCCAGGAGCCUACCAAUGCCCUCUGGCGAGACGCUCCUGGGUGA